CAGGCCCAGACCCAUACCAGUACCCACUUCUAGCUGCAUACCUUCGUUCCCUGGGCCUGCUCAGCAUCCGGCGUUGCUGCCCUGCUGCCUGUCGUACGACUAUGGAACUUAGCCUGCCCAGUCUUUGUCGCCAUGGAAAACGUAAACCAUACCCGGAAGUCUCAGCAGGCCCCAUCGGUCACUUGGCCAAACAAAGAGCCGGACCUGCAGGACGACACCGUUGAACUGGUCUCGGGCAAUGCGUCGGCGCAGAAAGCCCCCAGGAAGCGUACCAAAACAGGCUGCCUAACCUGCCGCCAACGUCGCAUCAAAUGCGGAGAGGAGAAACCCACCUGCAACAACUGUAUCAAAUCAAAGCGCGACUGCAAGGGUUAUGGCCCGCGUCUGGUCUUCAAGGACCCGUUGGGGAUUACUGGUCCUGGCACUUCUUCGCAACAAACAACCUUUAACACCCAGAAACCACCCGGGCCAUUUCCUACCCAGCAACUGAAUGAUGGCACUGGCCAACCGAUCUUGGCUCCUAAGCCAGCUACACCCUUGGCACUGGAGCAACCCCUACCGUCAAUCACUGUCCCGGCGCUACUCGAGUUUCAGGGCCCCGGUGCAGCUCCGGUUCAGGAGCCAGUGAUCCAACCGUGGUCUCGUUCGCUGCCGGUGCAAGAACCUUACCGACCCCCGGAUACACUGGCCUUCCUAGAUCAGCAACGUCAAGAAAUAUCUGUCAAUAUGGAGUCAGACUAUCGGACUGAUACGAGCACUCCCAGUCAGCAAGGUUCAUGGAGGCCCGGCGCGGGGUUGCUGCGCACAAAGUUACUCCAGGCACAGGAUCAUCCUGAAGACGAUGGCGAGGAUGACUAUUAUGACAUUGAAACUGACGAGGAGCUGCAUGGGCAGACGGCCGUACAAAACUACAACCAGCUGAGUCUCAUCAUGGCAUCGGCCAAUCGCGAUCAACAGCAGCUCCGAUCUUUCACCACUUAUCUGAAUGAACCCAAUAUCCUGGGUUCUUAUCUUCCAACGUAUGGCUCUUCGCCCCUCAAUAAUCCAAAAGCAGCCCGAAUUUUUCUGCAUUUUAUCCAUGCAACUGGACCGUCCCUAUCGGUCUUUGAGCGACAUCCGAUCGAUCCCUCCACCAUGCUAGGUACAUCGGUGCCAAUGGCCCAACAGGGACUUUGGACGUAUACACUCCCCCUGAAAGCGUUGGAGAACCAAGCAUUGCUGCAAGCCAUGCUUGCUGUUAGCAGUUUACAUAUUUCCUUCCUACAGCAAGCUCCACCCACCGUUUCCCUCAAACAUUACCACUAUGCGCUUAGAAAGGUCAGUACCGCGGUGGGUCUUCCCACGCGACGCAAGCAGAUCACUACUCUGGCCGCCGCGCUCUUGCUGGGAUACUAUGAAGUGAUGGGGGCCGAUCACUCCAAGUGGAAUAGCCACGUCGCAGGGUCUGCCCAGUUGGUGCGCGAAAUUGACUUUGCCGGUAUGGCCCGGGGUCUGCGCGCUCAGCGGCGUAGGGUCUGGGCCGAACGACAACAAGCGGAACGCCCGAAUCUGGCGCUAGGGGACUAUCUUCUAUUUGGAGACCCGGCGUCCGAGGACGACCCUUUCGCAGAAAAAGAGAACAGUAUUAACGAGAAGCUCAUUGGAACCCUCCUCGGUCGGGCCGUCAGUUAUGAUGAGUUCGGGCAAGUUGAUGAUGGCCAUAGCGACCCCCACCAAAAUAGGCAUUUUACCCGGAAGGAUAUUGAAAGCUUCCGGUUACAGUGUGAUCUUUAUUGGUGGUAUCUCAAGCAGGACGUCCUGCAGAGCAUGAUCAGCGGUGGUUCAUUAUUCAUGCCAUUCUCACAGUGGGGGCAGUGCCCUCCUCGUGCGGCGGCGGGUCGAUUGGACGCUAUAUACGGUUCCGCGGAUCACCUGUGGCUUUUAAUGGGGCGAUUGACGGAUUUUGGGGUCCGUGAUAGGAAGAGAAAGUUGAAGGCAGCAAAGGCUACUGGCUCUGAAUGGCAGCCUGACUCUAGAUUUGCGAUGUUCAUGGCUCGCUUCCUGCAGCGACGGCCUGAACAGCAGGAACCAGCUGGGGGGCCUGUGAAGCGUCCGCCUGGACCGACAACCGGUCCCCCGUUUUACGGCAUGGCUCCACCCCUUGGCUCCAAACGCCCGCCAGAUGCCUUUGUCGAUUUCCCAGACUACAUAGAUGACGGGGAGGAUGAGGAGGAGGAGAACCACUCCUACACUGACGCCGAGAAUGAGUGGGAAAGUAUUCUGGCAGCUUUCGACUCAUUUGCCCACGCUCUCGGUCCGUACUUCAGGCCCCUACCCCCCGAUAGUGUGCCCCCAAUUUCAACUCCGUUUGGACCGGCUCUGCAGUACCGGACACACAACAUGGCCGUAGUAUGGGGCUACUACUACACUGGUCGCAUGCUACUCCACAGAUUUCACCCAUCCAUGCCUCCUGCCAUGAUGGUAUCUGCCAAGGUAGCAGCAUCAAUCACGGACGAUUAUAGCCAGAUGAUCGGUAGAAUCGCUGCCGGGGUCUACUACCCCCAGGAAUUCCACCUGGAGGCAGGGGGCCUAAGCCCGACUCUCGGGUCUUGUCUAAUCGAGAUGACCGUGCCGAUUUUCUUCUCCGCAGUUCAGUACACAGAUCCUGCGCAACGAGAUUGGGUCGUCACAAAGCUGCGUGAGCUCUCUCGCGUGAGUGGCUGGAAGACAUCAGACUCUAUAGCCAACAGCUGUGAAAAUGUAUGGAGAAUUGCUGCCAUGCAAGGUCGCGGGCCACAGUAUGAGCGGAAAGACCAAUCCGAAUUCAGACCGGCUUCGAAAUGGACAUCGCCUGAUGCAGAGGCCGCAUCAACCGACAGCAAUGAAAGACGAUUUAUCACCGUUGUCAAACGUCCAGCAGCCUCCUGGGCGAUGGGACUGUUGAGCCUAGAAGACGAUGUGCUAAAUUUAGAGAUCGGGGAUCGGGUAUGA